AUGAAGAAGAGCGUGGUUGUUAUCGGCGCCGGCCCGUGUGGCCUUGUAGCUGUGAAGGAGAUGCUAGCAGCUGGCCACGACGUCCAAGCAUACGAACGAUCCUCCGGCCUGGGCGGUGCCUUCAGCAGCGCUGCUUCCUAUCCGGACCUCCAUCUCACUAUUUCGAAUUGGGCCAUGUCCUUUUCCGACUUUCCCGAUCCGCAAAGAUUGUGCUAUCCGUCAGCAGAGGCGUACCUGCAGUACUUGAAGAAUUACGCCCGGCAUUUUGGUUUGGACGGCCACAUCACUUAUCACUCGGAGGUGUGCAGUGCAGACUUAGAGAAGGACGGGCGUUGGGCACUGAAAAUCCGACAGAGACAUCCAUCGGGGGAGGAAAGUGCUGUUCUGCACUUCCAGGCUGACGCCAUUAUCGUUGCAACAGGGGCGAACCAAGUACCCAAGGAAACACCAGACAGCCUUGCUGGGUUCACUGGAAAAAUCCUGCACUCGAGUGAAUACGGCCAACGAUUCAAGGAUCAGGUCAAGAAAGAGAAGCAACGUGUGCUGGUGGUCGGCGGCGGCGAGAGCGGCGCCGACGUCUCAGCAGAGCUCGGUGACCUGUCGCCCCAUGUGACUGUGUGGCUCCGACGGGCAAAUUGCAUCGGCCCUCGAUACCUCAACACGGCUUCGGAGACGGAGCAGAUGGAGGAGAACAAGACGUGCGAUUUCCCAGCCAACGCGUUCCUGGAGGCCGCUACAACGAACAGGAUGAGUGCGGGUCAGAACGUGUAUGCAUAUGGUGCCUUCCGGAGGCUUCUCUGGAGCACCAAAACCGUGCUGAACCCCACGUUGUCACAGAUGUGCCUCGAGAGCACGCGGUCGGCACCCUUGUUGAACGAUCAGGCCACGUAUGUGACCAAGAACCAGAGGAUGUGCGAGGCUCUCCACCAGCAGAAGAUCGAGGUACUGGUGGCUCCAACACUGAUAGCCCACGGUACAGAGUGUGACUUCACUUUGGCAGACGGCACGAUCAAGCAGCGUGUAUUUGACACCAUCGUCCUCUGCCACGGGUAUCGCACCGAGUUCCCGUGGCUGAAAGUGCCAGUUUCGAUCAACCCGCGAGACUGGUUCCUGCAUUGCUUCCCACAAGGCCUGGGCCACAGCCUCUCCUUCGUUGGAUACGCCAGACCGCAUCAAGGCGGCAUUCCAUGUGCAGCCGAGAUGCUCUCGCGGUAUAUCGGGCUGCUUUUGGGCGGGCACAGAAGCCUCCCGAAAAACUAUGCAUCUCUGGCCCGAGACGACAAGCUGUCUGAGAGGGAAUAUUACUUCCUAAGCCCAGAACUUCACACGUUGGUCGACUACAACGCCUUCAUGGAAAGUGUCGCGCGACGAGUGGGCUGCGAUCCCAGGCUGCCUACGUGCUGCGUGAUCGGGUUCAAUCUUCACAUCCUGGCCGCCAUGUCUCUGACGUUGCGCUGGGCCAACUUGACAGGCCUCGGAUCCUACCCGUUGGAUUUCAUUCUGUGGCUGGGCACCUUGAUGUGUUUUCUCCUGCUCGAGGACGGCCUGCUCGUCAAGUGGUGGUUUUAUCCUCACUGGAGUGUGUGGUACCGUCAGCGCGGCCCUGGCGCUGACCCGACUUCCCUGCUGGCCGUGCUGAGCCGUGUCAACAUCUGGAGAGCAACGGCCAUAACAAGAGGCUUCGUGCUCUUGCUCGUCUGGUCAGUGCUGACUCUGUAUGUACAACGCCUGCUCUCCGGUCCGGUGUUUGUGAUGCACACCAUAUUCACCGCACUGGGCCUGCGUUUUCCAAAAAGAUGGGGUGGCAUGUUGCGCCCAAAGAUCUUUGCGUUGCAUGACACCGAGUGGCGCUUUUCGGAUUUGUUUCUACCAUGA